CCUUUUCGUCACGCGGUGCUAGGUUCGAUCGGCUUGUCUAAAUCUUCCUGAACGUGGACCGAACGUUCUAAAUCCUCGUCGCGGGACGCCCGUGAUCACUACUUUAGUGGAUCAAAGCAUCACUCGUGCUAUCAUCGUGUCCGGUUGGAGUCGUCUCGUUGAAGCUUCUCGGCUUUUCUUAGCCUAGCUUGUUAACAGAGGCGCGUUUGCGAUCAACAGUUCCCUCAGCAGAAAUCAAGGCUGAAGUAAAGUCUUCUGCUUUCCACCACCAACGAGCAAGCCAAAAUGCCGUCUUGUUGUGUUGCUGGAUUUUGCUCGAAUACUCGGGAGGAUGGAUUCAGUCUUCACAAGUUUCCAAAAGACCCCAUUUAUCGUGAAAAAUGGACAGCACAGGUGCAAAGGACAAGAGCAUUGUGGGUUCCACAUGAAAGGUCUGUCUUGUGCUCUGCCCAUUUUGAGGAGUCUUGCUUUGACUCACGUCCUGCUCUGAAGGCAAGUUUGGGCUUUGAGGUCCGUUAUCCAAGGGUUCUGCUCGACACGGCUGUACCGACUAUCUUCCCUCGACCUGAACACGGACAGAGUGCUUAUUGUAAAAAAGAGCCCCCACCAAGAAAAAGGUCUGGGUCCAGGGCUAUCGAGAAGCGAGAGAAGUUACGAGUUUUAGCCGAAGCACUUGGCAGUGACUAUGUUCCCGCUGCUGGCUCUGAGGCAGAGGCUUCGUUCCCUGAUCAAGAUCACGGAAAGGGUGGUGAUCAUGUGAAAAUGUGUGCAAAAACAUCAGGAGAGUACAGGGAAAAAGUUUGUGGGCCAAAAAAAGAGGCGGUGCCACAACGCCAACUACUGGAAGCUGUGUUCAAUCUGCAGCCUCGAAUUGUCCUAUGCAGAGCAGAUGUCAGUGAAUAUCUUCAUCCGGGCCGGCAGCAGUCAGUGUCCAGUCACAUCAAAGAGGAAGAAGAAGGUGAAGAGGUUCAGCAUACCAAAGAGGAGGAGGAAGAGGUCCUUCACAGGAAAGAGGAAGAGCAGGAGGGAAGCAUCCAGGUUCCAGCCACUGGUGUCCAUUUGAAGAGUGAAGAUGUUCAAAGUGAGGAGAGACGAGUGGCGCAGCCUCCAGAAUCAGCUUUAUUGGCCGAGUGUGGAAAAACACACGAGGAAUUUUUCUCCAGAAGUCAGUGCUACCCUGUUGCGAUAUUCAGGACAACCUGGAACAGCUCAAGUGACGGAGACCACUGUGUAGGAUCACAAACAGACGAUGAUGAUGAACUUUCGGAAGGUGAUAUGACAUGUCACGCUGCAAACAAGUGCUGGAAAUGUUCUCGGUGUAGAAAAACUUUUCCUUCUAUGAAGAAUUUCAAACAACAUGUGAAAAUACACACAGUCAUCAAGAGCAGAUGCACAGCUUCAACCUGAAGACGUCCGUGGCAGAGAACCAAUCAAGUGCCAGCAUCAAGGAGGUUGAUAGCCACAGAAAGACCAACUAACCCUUGAACAUCUGUGGAGCUGGAACAGUUUUUCCCAUUGAUAGACUGACAAAAGAACUACUUUCAAAUGUGCUGCACUUAAUAGAAUUCCCGCCCCCCAACCCUCACCCCCGAUGUUAAUUCUGCUUUUGUACUUAUGUCAUUUUGAAACUCUUCCAGGUUUACUUGGGAAACAAACUUGGAUUGCUAUGAAAAAUUCUACAGAGGCCUUCUUAAACCCUAUGAUCUACUUCUCAUUUAGUGAUAAAUGUGAUUACUUUUGAAAUCUUUCGUUGUCAGUAUUUGUACAACAUGUUUCGCUGAACUGAAAAAUUUUGACGAGUGUCGGGUUUUGGGGGAAAAUGUGGUACAAACUCUUGGAAUCUCUUGAAUCAAAUGUCUUUGUAAAGGUGAUAAUGUAACAACCAACGUGUUUGCUUUCAACUUUAUAUCUGGUCCAACACAACACAUUACAGUAUAGCUGUUUGAAAAAAUAGUGUGCACUAUGCAAGAUACAAAAAACAAAACAAAACAACAAAGAGCAAGAACAGAGGGUGAUGUCAAAAAAGAGCGGAUGCACCUGACGCACUUCUUGAACUUUCAAACUGUGUGACUAUUCCCUCAUUAAAAGAUGAAUAUUUAAUUUCACAUGUGACAUUUUUAAAGUGUGCAGUGUUUAAAGGAAACAUUUUAAUACUGUGAUUGAACCCUCACAAAAGACAGCAAGGCAGAUAUUGACUAUAAUUUUCUUUGCAUUGGAAAAAUAGCAGAAGUGAAAGUUGAAAACCAACACAUUUCAGAAGAACUUGGUAAACUUCACCAGUAAAAUGUACAUCUUGCAUCCCAGCUGAGAAGGGUUGGCACCUUAGAAGAUGACCUCAAGUGACCAAGAGCUGCAAUUUUAGAAUGGGCUGACUUCUUGAUUGCCAGACGUGUAGUUGUUCUUCCUUCUGUUGUUGUGUGUUGCCAACAUGUAAAGAAAUGACAUCGACUAGCAUCUAUCUGUGCCACAAAGUUCUAGCAUCCUGCUUUAAUCCUUCAAAAACAGUAUUUCAGACAAUCCAAACCGGGGAGUUACAAAAUUAGCAGAAAAACUACUUUUCUUAAUUCAGUGGGCAGAAAAGGAAAAGCAAUAUGUGAUUUGUAUUUAAACAGUCCUCACCUACUUUUACCAUCAUAAUUGGCAUUUGAAGUAUUUAUAGAGUUCAAAAACUCAAUCCAGUAACAGAACAUGCACAGAGGUGAUUUGACGAUAAGCAUCACAAUAUACACACUGACCAGUCAUUCAAGUUUGGAAAACAUCUGAGAAGGUUGUUAUCUUGACAACAUGCAAGUGGCAGGCUGUGAGUUGGGACCUAGUUCUUCAGUGACCUAAUCCACUUCUUAAUAUCACCAUCACAUUGCAAAAAUAAUCUUAAAAAAUGCUUCACAUAUGUGUGGCAUUAAAAAAGGGAGACAGGUUCUCAAUAUUGGAGGAUUAAUGUUAUUGUUACCAAAGGAAGAAACAGAGUUAGCUACAGUACAGUAUAUAUUCCAAUAUGUCACCUCCAGACCAUAAUACAGGUUGUUUUGUACACAUGACAAUGUAAAUGUUCACAAUCAUCCUCCUAUCCAUCCAUUUUCUGAGUCUCGUAUCCCCACAAGGGUCAAGAGAGUGCUGGAGUCAAUCCCAGCUGUCAACAGGCAGGAGGCUGGGUGCACCCUGAACUGGUUUCCAGCCAAUCGCAUGGCACAUGGAGACAGACAACAGUCACAUGCACAAUAACACUUAUGGGCAAUUUAAAGUCUCCAAUGAAUGCAUGUUUUUGGGUUGUGGGAGGAAACCGGAGUGCUCGGAGAAAAGCAAUGAAGGCACGGGAUGAACAUGCAAACUCCACCCAGGUGAGACUGGGAUUUGAACCCAGAUUCUCAGAACUGUGAAGCCAAUGCUCUGUAGCAGUGUCACCGUGUCGCUCAAGCCACACAGCUAACUACCUCAUAAGUUGUGACAAUCUAGUUAAAACUUCAGUUGAUAGAUCUUGCUCUUGAUUAUGCUGCAUCUCUUCCUUGAGUGCUCAGUGUUGCCUAAUUUGUGUCACAACGUGGUAGUAAAAAUGAAGGGGCCCAAUACAAAAUUUGGACUGUCAAAACACAUAAAAAGCAUCCCCCCAAAAAUCUGCAAUAUAGCAGGGACUCACUGCACCUGUUCUCAAUCAUCCAUCAUCACCACCACUAUUUCAACCUUCCUGUUUCCCGAGUUCAACGCCAAAGUAUUACAGCCUCUCCGUGCGGUACCACAGCCCAUUUGACUCAAGGAGGCCAGCCUAUUCCUUCUCCCUUUGUGUCUCUUCCUUAUCUGUGCUCCAUGGUGUUCCUGACCAUGUCAUUUCUGCCAACAAGCCAGCCACCAUGGUUGCUUCACAGGAUAUCUAACUCCGUGGUGUGGUCUAUUACUUCAGAUUUGGUGUUAAGAUUCACUGCAUAGCCUUUAUUGAACAUGUUGUCCAUGAACGCAACAUAUUCUGUGUGAAACUUAGCAUCUCCUGUAAAUUUUUUCUUCAAAUUUAAUGCGUGUUGCUUACCAACUUACCUGUUGUUUGGCAGAUGAAGUGAGUUGUUUUCCAGAGGUAAACAAACACUGUAAUGACCAUAUGAAAGCUUGGCAGAGUGAGAAACAAUUUGGAUGAAGUGAUGAUCAUCCUUCCAUGAUGAUCCACCACAACGGAUUCCUUUCCCAUCGUUCGUAUUAAGAUGCUCGUGUUGUGUGCCAUUCAAGCCCAGCUGAUGCGUCAGUGACUCAGUAACAAAAGCAGCCGUACUACCUGGGUCCAAAAAUACAAAUGUAGUCACGAGCCUUGUUCCUUUUUGAGCUUAGACACGUACUGGAAUUAUUGAAAGAGCGCAGUCUGUUUUACCAGCCCCAAUGGGACCAACAGUUUCUGACAUUUUGGACAAGAUCACUUGAAACUGUUUGCUGUUCACCACUUUCCUUUAUCUCUUCUUGAUCCUCAAAGUUAAUGUGCAACAAAGUAGGACGUAGGUGAGAAUAUUCUUGACACUGUACCUCUUCUUUACAGUCUUUCCUCACAUGACCAUGUUUUAGCCACGUGAAACAUAAACCAUUGAUUCUCAAAAAUGCAUUUUUUUCAUUAUGAGGUUUGUCCUUCAGUGUUUUGCAAGUUCGGAAACCAUGUUGGUUUAUUUUGCAGUAGGCACAGUGUUUACUGUGUUUUCCGUUUCCUUCACUUUUAGCUUUCGAAGAAGCUACAGCUGUUGUAAACACCUUCUUUGAUUUGUACCUAUCUGCAUGUUGUGACUUUAACGUCUGUUGAGGGGGUUCUUUCUCAUGUACAGGAGUAUCCUUUAUAUUUUCAUGCAGAGAGUGCUGCACAUACCUCUCUUACUUAUUUACAAAACCUACAAAGUCCUUGAACUUUACUCUUUGCUUGUUUUCAUCUUGCGUAUCACAGGCGGAUUUUCGCCAGGUUUCUUUGAGCUUAUAUGGAAGCUGAUUUACUAGCGCCUUUAUGUUAACUGUAUUCUCCAAAUCCUCCAUAUAGCUAAUAUCAGACUGCAUUUAAGCAUCCUGUAAGGAACAACGAAUAAGACUAACCCAUUGCCAUCUUCUGGUUUGGUUUUAUCAUUUCUCAAAAAAUCAUUUCUUGAUUUAAGUUUGGGCUCAAACCAGUUUUGCUGGUCAUUCAAAAAUUCCUUCUCAUGCAUAAAUUCCUGCAGUCCAGAGUUAAGCUCCACAAACUCCUGCUGCAUAAAGUUGAAAUCCGCACGCAUUCUAUCCUUUAAAAGUGUUGACAUGUUAUCAUUGCAGUUAUCUGGGAUAAUUUCUGUUUGCGUGCAUGCAACUGUCUCGCUUUGCGCUCUUCCAUAGCCUUCUUAGUCAUUUCUAGUUUACGUUUUCCAAUGUUCUGUUCAUCCAUUUUCAAACUGAGCAAAAGGGUAAAGCAGAAUUGACCCCUCCGUACAGGGCACUUAACCACGGCUCCUGACGUCACGCCACGUGCACUAACGUCAGACAAACAAUUAGCAAAAAUGGCGGCGCAGCAAGAAAAGAAUAGAGCGAAACUGUCCGAUUUACCGGCUGAUUUCUCACUCGCAUUCUUAGCUAACAGUGAAAUAUCGUUGAAAAGCAGUCAUUGACAGUUUCCUAUUUUCGUGGUACAUAUCACACUUGUGUGCAGAAUCUGUAUGUGUAUCUGUAUAGCCGUUUGUGAACCGCCGUAUGAAGGAAAAGAAGGCGAGGCUUGAUUUACGAGUUGUUUCUCUCGUUUUCUUUCUGUAACGUCACGUGCUCCCCUCAAUAAUUAUUCUUGAAUUAGUGCCGAACCCACGUAAGUCCCGACCGAGUACGACAAUCACUACUUUAGUGUCCUCAAACAUCCUUCCUUCAGUCUUGGUGUCUCGGUGCACGUCGAAGGCUUUUAGGAUUGCUAGUCCGGUUUAGUUUAGCUCACCGCCAACAAAGCGACAUGUUUGUGGAGUCAGAUCAUCGCAAAAUAUCGCUCAACACAGAUCAAGUGUGUCAAUCAUUCACACGUAGCUAUGUUAUGCAAGCGAAGAACUGCUAAUUCAUUUAUAUGAGACAUGUAUUGAAAA